GGGCGGGCAUUGUGAAGCUGUAGUUGAGUGUUAGCAGGCUAACUAGAGAAAGAAAGCUAACUAAUCGGAGUGGAACUGGAGCUAACGCUAAAGGAAAAGACAACUGUCAAAACAGCCAGAGGAGCAGAAAUCUUAGAGAAGUGAUAAUUCCGUUAGGUGACUACAUGAUGUGUAGCUAGUUAAUCAAAGACCGUGUUUGUCAGAUGCCCGAGGAGUAUUUUGGAUACUACAUCGAUUGUCCCAUUUCCAAACGGAAACCAUUUCUGGACAUACAGUUCGUGCUAGGUAGCUAGCUAAGUGAAUCAUCCAGGAGACUUUUCAUUGUCACCUAAAAAACCCAAACUGAAUGUUUUGUCUGUCAUGAGUCCGGCCGGGUGCUCCCAUGUGAACGGUUAUAAGGUGGAUAAUUGGAAACAAAAUCUUCGAGUCAUAUACCAAUGCUUUGUUUGGAGUGGUACUGCUGAAGCCAGGAGACGCAAGGUGCUUCAGAGUGAUGCAGGAUGGACAGAGCUGGCCAAGUCGUGCAUCUGUCACAUGUGUGGUGCCCACCUGAACCGACUCCACUCUUGUCUCUACUGCGUUUUUUUCGGCUGUUUUACGAAGAAACACAUCCACGAGCACGCGAAAAACAAGAGACACAAUCUAGCGAUAGACUUAUUAUACGGUGGAAUAUAUUGUUUUGUGUGUCAAGACUACAUAUACGACAAAGACAUGGAGCAGAUUGCCAAAGAGGAACAGAGGAAAGCCUGGAAAUUGCAAGGCAUAGGGGAGAAAUACACAACAUGGGAGCCGACCAAGAGGGAGCUAGAAUUGUUACGACACAAUCCAAAGCGGAGGAAAAUCACUACAAACUGUACCAUAGGUUUACGAGGAUUAAUAAACCUGGGCAACACGUGUUUCAUGAACUGCAUUGUUCAGGCUCUCACACACACGCCGCUGCUGCGAGACUUCUUUCUCUCCGACAGACACAAGUGCGAGAUGCAAUCAAACUCCUGUCUGGUGUGUGAGAUGUCGCAGCUCUUUCAAGAGUUCUACUCGGGCCACCGUUCACCCCACAUUCCCUUCCGGCUGCUGCACCUGGUGUGGACUCAUGCACGUCACCUUGCAGGAUACGAGCAACAAGACGCCCACGAGUUCCUCAUCGCAGCUCUGGAUGUUCUACACCGGCACUGCAAAGGGGACACCAUCAGAGAUGACAAUGGGAAGAAGGCCAACAAUCCAAACCACUGUAACUGCAUCAUUGACCAAAUCUUCACUGGGGGCUUGCAAUCAGAUGUUACCUGUCAAGUGUGCCAUGGGGUUUCCACGACGAUAGAUCCAUUCUGGGACAUCAGCCUGGACCUUCCUGGCUCUUCCACACCUUUCUGGCCCCUCAGCCCUGGAGGGGAUGGCGGCACAGUGAAUGGAGAGAGCCACCUGUCAGGGGCCACCACCCUCACAGACUGCCUGCGCAGGUUUACGCGGCCCGAGCAUCUAGGAAGCAGUGCCAAAAUCAAGUGCGGCGGUUGCCAUAGUUACCAGGAGUCCACCAAACAGCUGACAAUGAAGAAGCUCCCCAUCGUAGCGUGUUUCCAUCUCAAACGGUUUGAGCACUCUGCCAAACUGCGGAGGAAGAUCACUACAUACGUUUCCUUCCCCCUAGAGUUGGACAUGACGCCCUUCAUGGCAUCCAGUAAAGAGAGCAGGAUGAACGGGCAGUAUCAACAGACGGUUGAUGUGUUAAACAACGACAAUAAGUAUUCCUUGUUUGCGGUGGUCAACCACCAAGGCACAUUAGAGAGUGGCCACUACACCAGCUUCAUCCGCCAGCACAAAGACCAGUGGUUCAAAUGUGAUGACGCCAUAAUCACCAAGGCCAGCAUUAAGGAUGUACUCGAUAGUGAAGGGUACCUCUUAUUCUACCAUAAACAGUUCCUUGAGUACGAGUAGUCUUUGUGAGGACUUACCACGAAGAACCACUGCUUCUAACGAGAGAGUCAAGGGCCUGGGGACAGGAUGAAACACAAACACACAAACCUACCUGAAACUCUUUGACUACCAGUCUACUACAGAGUCCAGGGCAACACAUAAAAAGACGUGUGAAAUCAUGCAACCUUUCAAAAGAAUACAACAAAAAAAACAAGCACUGACCUACUUCUUGGCAUCUACUUGACAAAACUGAAUGAAGAGGAGAGAUGGAGGAGGAGGAGGAAGAGUCGGGCGUCGUCAGUUCCAGGCUUGGGCAGAGGGAAGAGGCCCCCCCCCCAC